AUGUCUUCGAACGACGGAGCUUCCUCUUCUACUCUUAAGUCCUACGUUGACUCCGCGACUGGCGCCGUCCAGAGCGCGUUGGGCUCUCUCACUGGUAGCAACGCUGACAAGGCCCAAGGCGAAACCACCAAGCAACAAGCCCAAGCCGAGCACGAAGCCUCCCACACCACCGCAAAGCUCGGUCCCAUCUCCGCAGACCCCAACACGGGAGCCGCCGUGAAGGACGACGAGAACCGCACCAGCGGCAAAUGGGACCAGACCAUUGGCUCCGCCAAAGAAUUCGCCGGCAACGUGAUUGGAAACGAGAACCUGCGCCAGACCGGUGCUGAGCAGAACCAGAGCGGCAAGGCGCAGGAAGCCAAGGGCCAGCUGAAGGAUCUGGGCCAGGGCUACACGGACCGCGCGCAGGGCGCUCUGGGCAGCAUCGGCGCUGCUAUCACUGGUGAUCGGGCCAAGGAGGAGGAGUAUCGCCAGAUUCACGAUGAGGGCAAGGCUAGACAGCGUGGUGCGGAGGCGGAGAUUGAGGAGAAGGGAGGUAACUAA